AUGUCGGGCGGAUUUGCUCCGUUGGCCCUCUCUGAGGAAGAUGUUAUGAAGCUUCUCGCCACCAAUGCCCAUUUGGGAUCUGGAAACGUCGACUUCCAGAUGCAACAAUACGUCUACAAGCGUCGUUUUGAUGGUUAGUUUUCAUUUUUGAAACAAAAAUUCAUUUUUUUUCUUUUCUUAGGACCCAACAUCAUCAACAUCAAGAAGACGUGGGAGAAGCUUCUCCUGGCCGCUAGAGCCAUCGCUGCUGUUGAGAACCCAGCUGAUGUUGUCGUUGUUUCGGCUCGCCCAUAUGCUCAGCGCGCUCUCCUCAAGUUCGCUGCUCAUACCGGAGCUACCGCUAUCUUCGGACGAUUCUCUCCUGGUUGCUUGACUAACCAGAUCCAGAAGUCGUUCAAGGAACCCAGACUUUUGAUCAUCUCUGAUCCUCGUAUUGACCACCAGGUUGGUGAAGUUUUUUUGUUUUUUACUUCAUUUUCUUGUUGAAAAGUUCGCUCAAUUUUUUACUUGAUAAUGUUUUGCCGAUUUUUCUAUGUUUAGAGAUGAAACAUGAACAUUUCUAUAAUUUUUUACCUGUUAAUUUUCAUGAGGAUCACUCGAUUUAAUCACCGAUUACGAGCCUUCUGAUUAUAGUUUAUCGCUUGUUGCGAUCAUUUUCCGGGUUGAAAGAUUCUUCAAAAUCGUUACUUUUUGAAAACUUAAGGGCCAAAUGCUUGGCUUUUCCGAAGUUUCUUUGUGCGUUUUUCAAUUUUUGAAUUCAUUUUGAAAUUAAUUGAAGCGGUUCAGCAAAAAGUAGUCUCGUGUUUGAAGGGAUUCCGCAAAAUCAAAGACAGCCGUCAAAAAAAAAAAAUGAAAAGACAACUUAAUUUUUUUGCGAGACUCUUUGAACACGGAAUUGAAAAGGAGCGACUCUUCUUGAUAAUUAUUGAGCUUUAAUGCCUUUUUCAAAGUGGUUUCCGCGAAAUUCAAGAUUGUCUCUCUGGCGUGUUCAUCGGAGAAACGGAACAUGUUUCAAAACGAAAAAUCGUGUUCAUCAGAACGCCAAAGCUCCAAAAUAGUGCUAAUUUUUGUUUUGGAGAAUUUUUUUUGCAUUUUGAAGCAAUUUUUAAUUUGUGCGAUGAACACGCAACUGACUAUUGAAAAUGUAGUUGUAUUUUACUUUUUCUGAUGGCUUUUUUGUAUUUCGCGUAACCACUUUGAACACCACAUAAAAUAGAAGACACCUUGAAUGCGCCCGAAAUUCUUUUCAAAAACAUAGUUUUCAAUAGCUAAAAUGAAGUUGGGCUUCAAUAGCGCUUUCUUUCAAAACUAUUAGGUUGGUCCGAUAAAAAUGAUAUUUGAGUUUCAUGGUUUGAAACUUAUUCAAAAGAGAGGAUUUGAGGAGACAAUCAAUCUCCGCGUGGAAAAGUCGAAUUGAAAAUAGUUUUUCGUAAAAAUGUAACAAUGUUUUUAAUGAAAUGAACUACCAACAAGAACGCUUAUUUCCUACCGGCCAACCGAAGAUAAUGAGAAAACGAGUUUUUUUAUGUAAUUAACAAAAAAAAUAAAAAAACAUUUUUAUUUUUUUAUAAAUUUAUAUAACUUCUUGCAGGUCGUCACUGAGGCUUCGUACGUCAACGUUCCAGUGAUUGCUUUCUGCAACACUGAAUCGCCACUGAAGCUCAUCGACAUCGCCAUCCCAUGCAACAACAAGGUUUCGUUGUGGUUCACAGGCUUUGCAUGGAUAUCCAACUUUUUAGGGAGAGAAAUCCAUCGGACUUAUGUGGUGGCUUCUUGCUCGCGAGGUUUUGAUCCUCAAGGGCAAGAUCUCUCGCCAAACCGGAUUCGUUCUCGACGGAAAGGAGAUCAUGCCUGACUUGUACUUCUACCGCGACCCUCAGGACACCGAGAAGGAGGAAGCUGCUGCCAUCGAAGCCAACGAGCCUUCUGAGUUCCAACCUGUGCCAAACGAGAUCGACUUCUCUCAAGCUGCUGAGGUCAAGGAUUGGGCCGCUGAGUCUGCUAACUGGAAUGCUAAUGUCAAGUCUGAUGGAGCGCAAGAUUGGGCUGCCCCACCCACUGCUGCUAAAUGGUAA